AUGGAAGAUAAAGUCUUUACCAAUGUUUAUCAAAAUGUUAAUGACACCAGUAUCUGUGAAAUUCCAGACUCCGAGGAAGACAAAGGGGGUAAUCAUUAUGAUCAUGCCCAUGAAGAUCCAGCAUCUCCUUCUUCCAUCACUACUCUCCCAGAGAGCAUGGAUAGUAGUGAAGAGAGCUCAGAAGAUAGCUGUAGUGAUUCUGUGGCCUCUCAGCAUGGGGCUGAUGGGGAGGAUGGUUCUUCUUCAUCUCACCACGAUGCUGAAGAAGACCACCCAUACCAGGAGAUGAAUCUGAUGAGCCCAACUCUGGAAGAUAAACAUGUAGAGGGCAUGAUGUUUGAGAGCAACGUGCAUUUUCCUCCAGAUUUCCAGUUGCAUCGGAGCCAGAGCACUUCUUCCAACUCUUCAACUUCCCUCAAGUUCCCCCUUAACAACAACUUUGGAGAAACUGACAACUUUCAGGAAGAUUAUGAGAUUUUCAUGUUUGUAAAGGCUGGUAUAGAUGGAGAAAGCAUUGGGAACUGCCCGUUCUCCCAGCGUCUCUUCAUGAUCCUGUGGCUCAAAGGAGUUGUGUUCAACGUCACCACUGUUGACCUGAAAAGAAAGCCAGCUGACCUACACAAUCUGGCUCCUGGGACCCACCCACCUUUCUUGACUUUUAAUGGAGAAGUCAAGACAGAUGUUAACAAGAUUGAGGAAUUCUUGGAAGAGACUCUUGCACCUCCAAAGUACCCUAAGCUGGCUGCUAAGCACCGGGAAUCAAACACUGCUGGAAUUGAUAUAUUUUCCAAAUUUUCUGCAUACAUCAAAAAUACCAAGCAGCAGGAUAAUGCUGCCCUUGAAAGAGGCUUGGUGAAGGCUCUGAAGAAGCUGGAUGACUAUCUGAGAACCCCCCUGCCUGAGGAGAUUGAUGCAGACAGCCCUGAAGAGGAGAAAGUGUCUAAACGCAGAUUUCUGGAUGGAGAUGACCUGACUCUUGCUGACUGCAACCUUCUGCCUAAACUCCAUGUUGUCAAGAUUGUUACAAAGAAAUACCGCAACUUUGAGUUCCCGACAGAGAUGACGGGUCUGUGGCGGUACCUGAAGAAUGCGUAUGCCCGGGACGAAUUCACCAACACCUGUGCAGCAGACAAAGAAAUUGAGCAAGCCUACGCAGACGUGGCCAAGCGGCUCAGCAAGUCCUAA